AUGAAGACACUGGCUGAGGAGAGAGCCAACCCUCCCUUUGACGUAGAAGCCAUGGCCGUCGCCAACCAUGGGUCUAAAGAGCGUUUAGAUUAUAAGCGCAAAGUGAUGAGCGAAAUUGAACGCCUUCCUGCUUUUUUUAAUGACGACUUUUACGACUUGACUAAGGACCAACUAAGAGAGCGUACAUUCAUCAAGAUCGGUCACAUUGUUGACUGGCUUCAGAACGAGGACAUGGAUACAUUCCGUCAACGUCUGGAAGUAUUAUCGGUGGCUGAUCCAGGCUUCUGGACUCGGUUUGGUGUGCACCUUGGGCUUUUCACAAAUUGUCUGCGGUCGGGUUGCACAUCGAGUCAGUUUGCUUACUGGGUUCGCAAGGGAAUGCUGAAUUGCCAUAAAUUUUAUGGAUGCUUUGCAAUGACUGAAUUGACACAUGGCAGUAAUGUUCAGGGUAUUCAAACCACAGCGACUUUUGACCCCAACACGGAUGAGUUCAUAAUCAACACGCCCGACUUGAAUGCAACGAAGUGGUGGAUCGGUGGCGCCGCUCACUCUGCUACGCAUAGUGCUGUUUACGCUCGUCUGAUUAUCAGUGGCAAGGACUAUGGAGUCAAGACAUUUGUUGUUCAACUUCGUGACCCAUUGUCAUUUAGCAACAUGCCAGGCGUGACUAUUGGUGAUAUUGGCAAAAAGAUGGGUCGGGAUGGUAUUGACAAUGGCUACAUUCAGUUCUCGAAUGUCCGUGUACCGCGCGCGCACAUGCUCAUGCGACACUGCCAAGUUACACGUGAUGGACAAGUCUCUGAGCCUCCGCUCCAGCAGCUAGCCUACGGUGCGCUGCUUACAGGGCGCGUAAUGAUGGCUAUCGAUUCUUCGAACAUUGGAAAGAAGGCCAUCACAAUCGCUGGUCGAUAUGCGGCCGUGCGUCGCCAGUUCAAGUCAGACGCGAAAAGCGAGGUCGAGACGAAGCUUAUUGACUACCCUAUUCAUCAACGUCGCUUGAUGCCCCUUUUAGCUCAGAGUAUUGCUUUCCAGUACACCGGUUACCAGCUUGCGCACAUGCUCGAAGAAACUACGCGAGCUCUCGAUGCUCUUGAACCCGGUGAUCCUAAGCUUGAGGGUGUAAUUGAGUUGCUCAAGUCGACGCAUGCGUCUAGUGCUGGUUUGAAGGCUUUUUGCACAUGGGCCACGCUUUCUGCGAUUGAAGUUUGCCGUCAGUCUCUUGGCGGUCACGGUUACUCAUCCUACACAGGACUUGCGCCUCUCUAUGCCGACUUUGCCGUGCACUGCACGUGGGAAGGUGACAACACGAUUCUUGCCUUGCAGCUUGGUCGCGCACUUGUGUCUGCUUACGGUGAAUCUCAGAAUGGGAAGAAGCAGGGUCAGGCCCUGGCUUACUUAAAUGACAUCGACGCUUCUUUGAAUGGUCGCUGCCAGUCACAGGAAGAGCUCAACACGCUCGCUGGCGUUGAGGCUGGUUGGCUUACAGCAUCCGCGCACUUUGUCAAGGUGGCUUAUGACGAGUUCCAGCGCUGCAUCAAGGCGGGUGACUCACGUGAACGUGCUGCUGAGAAAUGCUCGCAGCUUCGUUUCGUUGCCGCUAGCGUUCAUACGUCGGGCUUUAUUUUCCGCCAGUUCCGUGCAGCCGUCGAGAGCAUGCCAGAUAGGGGCGAUGGUGUGAAGAAAGCACUGACAACUGUGGCUCUUUUGUACGGUCUCUGGCAAAUGGAAGAGAAGUCUGGCUUCCUUCUGCGGUCGGGCUGGCUUAAGCCUGAACAAUUUGACUUCGUGGCACGUCGCGUUUCAGAGCUGUGUGCGGAGGUCCGUGCAUUUGCUAUUCCGAUGAUUGACUCGUUCUCAUACACGGACUUUGUCAUUAAUUCGCCAUUUGGUCGCUUUGAUGGUGACGUCUAUCGUGCAUACUUUGACAUGAUUCGCCGAAACAACCCCCCAUUGAAACCACACCCUUACCGCGAUUCACUUGUAUUGCCGCUCCUGAAUCGUGUAAUUCCCGAGCAGGAUGAUGUGGCAGAGGCUAUGAACCUCGAUGAAGAUAUUGAGGAAAUACAGAACGAUAUUAAAGAGGCCCUAGCUUCGCAGCAGAAGAACUAG